CGCGCCCUUCGACGUCCUCAAACUCCGUGCCCAAUUCCCACCCCCCCGGGGACCCUUUCUUAAAUCCUUCCGCGACAUCCUCCUCCUCCUCCUCCUCCUCUCCCCAGUCUAAUUAAGCCCUAGAUCGAGAUCUUGGUCUUCGAUAUAUCCUCCUAGCUCCGUCCAUGGCCACCUCGACUCCGAAACAUGGUGAUCAUUUCAAGGGAGUUAUGGGUUCGCAUAUUGGAUUGCCAGCACUAGAUAUCUCUGCUGCAUUUCCUCAGGCAACACCUGCAUCAAUUUUUCCUCCAUCAGCAUCAGAUUAUUACCAGUUUGAUGACCUAUUGAGUUCUGAAGAAAAGGCUUUGAGGAGAAAAGUCCGAGAGGUCAUGGAAAAAGAAGUCGCUCCCAUAAUGGCAGGAUAUUGGGAGAAGGCAGAGUUUCCUUUUCAUGUAAUUCCUAAGCUCGCUACCUUGAGUCUUGCUGGAGGAACUAUAAAGGGUUAUGGGUGCCCAGGGCUCUCUAUUACCGGAAGUGCUAUUGCUACAGCAGAAGUUGCCAGAGUAGAUGCAAGCUGUUCGACCUUUAUUUUGGUGCAUUCUUCCUUGGCAAUGCUUACUAUUGCAUUGUGUGGGUCAGAGGCACAAAAGCAGAAAUACUUACCGUCAUUAGCUCAGUUGCAUACUGUUGCUUGCUGGGCUUUGACUGAGCCGGACUAUGGAAGUGAUGCAAGCUCCUUGAGAACCAUUGCAACAAAGGUCACAGGAGGUUGGAUAAUAGAUGGCCAAAAACGAUGGAUCGGGAACAGUACUUUCGCUGAUGUAUUAGUUAUUUUUGCUAGAAACACAAGUACCAACCAGAUAAAUGGUUUUAUUGUGAAGAAAGAUGCCCCUGGAUUGAGGGUCACAAAAAUUGAAAACAAAAUCGGUCUGAGGAUUGUUCAGAAUGGUGAUAUUCUCUUUAAGAAAGUAUUUGUUCCUGAUGAAGACAGGUUGCCAGGCGUUAAUUCUUUCCAGGAUACAAACAAGGUCCUUGCUGUUUCACGUGUUAUGGUUGCAUGGCAACCUAUUGGCAUAUCAAUGGGUGUGUUCGAUAUGUGCCACAGGUACCUGAAAGAGAGGAAACAGUUUGGAGCUCCAUUGGCAGCAUUCCAGAUUAACCAAGAAAAGCUUGUUCGCAUGCUUGGUAAUAUUCAAGCAAUGCUUCUUGUAGGUUGGCGCUUAUGCAAAUUGUACGAAUCUGGCAAGAUGACUCCAGGUCAUGCUAGCAUGGGAAAGGCAUGGACUUCCUUAAAGGCAAGAGAGACUGUCUCUCUUGGUCGAGAAUUACUUGGUGGAAAUGGAAUCUUGGCUGAUUUUCUAGUGGCUAAGGCAUUCUGUGAUCUGGAGCCUAUUUUCUCGUAUGAAGGCACCUACGAUAUCAACUGUUUGGUGACAGCUAGAGAAAUCACAGGGUUUGCAAGCUUUAAACCUGCUGCGCUGGGAAAGGCAAGUCGGCUUUAAAUUGAGUGGUAUGAAUGCAUACAAACCUUAAUUUCCGUUAUAAUCCAGCAAACAAACCAUACUGGAUGAUAAUACCAGGCGUGGGCCAUAGGGUCGAUGAUGGCUACUGAAACAUUGUAGAUGCAACUGGUUUCAACAACAGGAUAGCGUUGUGUGAAUAAGAUCAGUCCAAAAUUUAUGUUCCGUUGAAAUUUGUUAUAUUAGUUUUGAUUUUUCUGCUAU